UAGCUCAAAAAUCCACCACAUUAAGAUAGAAAUGAGACUAUGACACAAACACCUUUACUUCCUUUUCCCUUUUCCUCCUUCCUUCCAUCUAUCCAUCCAUCAUGAUUCCCCUUCUACACUUUCUCUCUUACAAAACACUCAAACACUAUUUUCACAAGAAAACAAAACUCUCUUUUGUUGUUUUAUAAACAUUAAUAAAUGCUCUCGAUUCUCCCUCUUUCUAUGCGCUUGUAAAAUCUUUGUUUCCAUCAGAAAAAGUGGUGCAGAAAGCUGUGUCUCAGAUCCCUAUAAUACACACUGAUAAUAACGAUACAACUAUUCAUACUUACUCAUUCUAGAGUGGUCCAUAACCUCAACCCUCUUUCCUCUUUAAUAUAUAUAUUCUUACCUUGUGUGGAUUAUGCAAGAACCAAGCUUAGGCAUGAUGCAAGGUGGUGGUGGUUACGGUGGAGACGGUGGUGACAACAACCGACAACUCAAGGCGGAGAUAGCAACACAUCCUUUAUAUGAACAGCUUCUGUCUGCACAUGUGGCUUGUCUUCGGGUUGCAACUCCUAUAGAUCAGUUACCAUUGAUUGAUGCACAGUUAUCUCAAUCUCAUCAUCUUCUACGGUCUUAUAUCUCUCAACAAACUCAUUCUCUUUCACCGCAUGAUCGUCAACAACUUGACAACUUCCUCGCGCAAUAUUUGAUAGUUUUGUGUACUUUCAAAGAACAGCUUCAACAACAUGUUAGAGUUCAUGCUGUUGAGGCUGUUAUGGCUUGCCGUGAUAUUGAAAAUACCUUACAAGCUCUCACUGGAGUGAGUUUGGGAGAAGGAAGCGGCGCAACAAUGUCAGACGAUGAAGAUGAACAAUUGCAGAUGGAUUAUUGUUUAGAUAAUCAAUCUAGUGGCGGCGGUGGAGGCGAUCAUGACAUGAUGGGACUUGGUCCAUUACUUCCUACUGAAUCUGAAAGGUCACUCAUGGAAAGAGUUCGCCAAGAACUCAAAAUUGAGCUCAAACAGGGUUUUAAGUCUCGAAUUGAAGAUGUAAGAGAGGAAAUAUUAAGGAAAAGAAGAGCUGGAAAACUACCAGGUGACACAACUUCUGUUUUGAAGAGUUGGUGGCAGCAACAUGCAAAGUGGCCUUAUCCAACUGAAGAUGACAAAGCAAAACUAGUGGAGGAAACAGGAUUGCAACUGAAGCAAAUAAACAAUUGGUUCAUAAACCAAAGGAAAAGAAAUUGGCAUAGCAAUUCUCAAUCUGUUACCUCUUUGAAAUCCAAACGCAAGAGGUAGUAGUAAUAAUAGUGUUACUAAUUACAACAAGUAAACACAAUUAUAAUAUGAACUAAUUACUUUAUGGUUAUUGGUAAUAGAGUACUAUAGAAGACCCUCCAUUGAGAUGGAUCAGGAGAUAAUAGUAGUUAUUUUGGUUAAUUGAUUUACUAAAAUGUACUUAUGAUGGAUGUAGCUUAAUUUCAAAAGAGUUGUGUGGUUGUAAAUUUGUAUGACUUUUUUUUUGUGUGCAUGUGGUAAGGUUGUUUUGUCACUUUCUUUAAAUUGUGUUUGUAAAUUGUUUGUUACGUUCUGACCAGCUCAAGGAUUAUUACUAUGAUACACACACCACAAGUUUGAAACAUAAAUAUUCACGUUUCUUUAUACAAUUUCUUUGUCAUACAAUGAGUUGUAUUUUUCCAUAUAUAAUAAUAUAAUAAAAAAAGAAAACAAGAUUGAGAUUCCUCAAUGUCA